AUGUUGUCCUGGAGAAGGCCAUGCAUAAGUGCAUUCUGAAGCCGUUGAAGGGCCACAUUGAAGCGAUGUUGAAAGAAUUUCAUACUGCAGAUGGUUCUUGGAAACAGCUAAAGGAAAACCUGCAGUUGGUGCGGCAGAGGAAUCCUCAGGAACUGGGCGUGUUUGUUCCAACACCAGACUUUGUGGACAUUGAAAAGAUUAAAGUCAAGUUCAUGACCAUGCAGAAAAUGUAUUCACCUGAAAAGAAAGUCAUGCUGCUGCUGAGAGUUUGCAAAUUGAUUUACACUGUUAUGGAGAAUAACUCAGGGAGGCUGUAUGGAGCUGAUGACUUCUUGCCUGUGUUGACAUACGUACUAGCCCAGUGCGAUAUGCUGGAGCUGGAUACUGAAAUUGAAUACAUGAUGGAAUUGCUGGAUCCAUCUUUGCUGCAUGGAGAAGGAGGCUAUUACCUGACAAGUGCUUAUGGAGCACUUUCACUGAUCAAGAACUUCCAGGAAGAACAAGCUGCCCGACUGCUCAGUUCAGAAGCCAGAGAUACUCUCCGGCAAUGGCACAAGAGGAGGACAACUAACAGGACCAUACCUUCAGUUGAUGAUUUUCAGAACUACCUUCGUGUUGCAUUCCAAGAAGUUAACAGUGGAUGUACAGGAAAGACCUUACUAGUAAGACCAUAUAUCACUACCGAAGAUGUAUGUCAGCUUUGUGCUGAAAAGUUUAAAGUGGACAAUCCAGAAGAAUAUAGCCUGUUUCUUUUUAUUGACGACACCUGGCAGCAACUGACAGAGGAUACCUACCCUCAGAAAAUUAAAGCAGAGUUGCACAGCCGUCCGCAACCCCAGGUCUUUCACUUUGUCUACAAGCGCAUUAACAGUGAUCCAUAUGGUGCCAUAUUUCAAAACAAUGAUGACUCAGCUUCUUAAAACCAGCAACUCGUCAUUUAAUUUCUGUUCCUUGUUAACUAUUGAAAACAUCUUUGUUGGCUGCCUUCCAUAGGAGCUAAAAGAGGUCUUAAACCAUAAAUGUCUAGUAAAACAUGCAGUGCAGACACUCCUAGCAUUGCUUACACAAACCCA